GCGUUAUCACGUGUCUAUAUAACCGCAGACGAGCUGCGCGCGCGCACACUCGCUGUGUUCUUUCUCACGCUGCACGAUCGUUUUCCCGCCCCUUUGUUAAUAUCAACGGCGCGCGAGUUUCCACUGCGCGAGUGAGGUUCAGUAAGAUGAGUUCCAGUGAAUUUAGACUUGAAAGAAAUGUGGAGUUAUCAGAAGAGACUAAGGCGAUCGCCGAGAAGGAGUUGAGGGAAACACCGGAGAGGGUCCGAGAAGCCAUGGAAAGGCUCAAAGAGCUUCUUAAGGAAAACAAAGACUUACAUUUUGGAGAGGACGAUGAAUUACUCACAAUAUUUCUGCGCCCUUGCAAGUGGUAUCCAGAAAGCGCUAUGGCAUUAAUGAGACGCGUCGCCGAGUUCAAGCGUGAAAAUGCAUGUCUUUUGGAUGGCCUGCUACCAGAACAAGUGAAGGAAUCUUUUCUUGAGCACAAAGUCGUGAAUGUCAUGAAGGGUCGUGACGAUAAGGGAAGAAGAGUUCUAAUUGUCAGCGUUGGAGGUACAUGGGACCCUAAGAAAGUAUCCGCAGACCAGUUGUUUAAACUGUUCUACUUGAUCCACGAGGCGGCCAUGCUGGAGCCUGAAUCCCAAGUUCGAGGAACUGUCGUUAUCAUGGAUUUCCACAACAUGGGCUGGAGUCAGACAAUGGGGCUCACACCGGCGUUCUCCAAACGUCUGCUGACUUUCAUUCAAGAUGCUAUGCCUCUUAGAUUGAAAGAGGUGCAUUUUGUAAAGGAGCCUAUGAUUUUCAAUGUCGUAUGGAAAAUGUUUAAGCCUUUGAUUAGAGAAAAACUAAAGACCAGAAUCUUCUUCCACGGCUCCAAGAUGGCGUCUCUCCACAAACACAUUGCACCAACGCACUUGCCGGCCGACUAUGGCGGCGAGCUGGACGCCAUCGACUACGGCGCCGCCGACUGGUACCCUGUCAUCAAUGAUGUCCUUCCCCACAUUAACAACUGGAAUUCGUAUGGGUUCGUCAAAAAGGCGUAAUUCAUGUUUAGUUUAGAAAAAACCAUACGUAUUCGAUUGUUGACAAUCUUACGGUUUGGUUUUUUAGUUUUAGUUAGCUAUUUGCCAUAAUUAGAUCAUCUAAUCAGAGUAAACGCGGUAUUGUAGACGAACAUUUUCUUUUUGUUGGUUUUCAAAAAAAAAAUCUUAGACUUUUUAUUCAAUAUUAUCAAUUCUAUUUUUAUUGUCGGAGUUCGUACAUAUCAUGACUUAUUAUAUUUUUAAAUGAAUUUUCAUAUAUUUAUAAUUUAUAAGUAGAUGACUUUAAUAUAAAUUAGUGUAGAAUUAUAAGGACAGGUAUGAAUAUAGAAAACAGUAUGAUUUUUAAUGAUAAACUUUCAUGUACAAAUUACAAUCAUUUAAUUUUUAUUUAUAAAACAUUAAGGAUGUAUGUUAUUUUGUUGUCUUGAGGUAGUAGCACAAUGUUAAAAGUUUUGUGUCAUAUCAUAAAAUAUCAUUAAUAAAGGUCCUAAGUGUGAAUGCUUUGUCAAAAACUUUUUUUUACGAUAUUUUUUAGAGUUUCCUGACUUAUAUAUUAAACGUAUACAAAAAUAUUUUGCUCAAAUCGUUAGUAUAAUCACGUUAUUUGUCGUGUAAGAUAUAUGAUAUUAAUCAAAUUACGUCUCUAUUGAUAUAUUAUUAUCUUGAUGCAUGAUUAUCAAUUAUUAAUUAGCUGACAAUAUUGUAGUUUCUAAGCGUUCGUCUGUUUUUGUUUGAAAUACAUUUAAUGAUGUUUGAGCGGAUUUCAUGACAUUUUUAUACAAAACAAUUACUUUUUAUACCUUGAGAGAUGGAUGCAACCGUUUUAACAUAAAGGCUGUGAAUGAAAAAAUACUGUUUAUAAUAAUAGAAAAAAACCUCUUUUUUGUAUAAUAUAUUUCUAAAUAUUUUCUAAAACUUGUUGUAAGAAAAAAAUAAUAUGUAUUUAUAUUUUUAUUUACACUUACAGGUCAAAAUACAAAUUAUUUCUUUUAUUUACCAAUUGUAUGAAAUAAUAGUUCAUAUGAUCUUAUUAAUUCAGAUGUAAACAAAUACGAUCCACGAGACUAAAGCUGAAGCGAAUAAAUCAUUUGAAAUGGUUUCUUGUAAGUGACUCGCUGACAAAGGUUAAAUUACUUUAAUGGGCGUUGAUAAAAGUUCUUAAAAUUUAAAUUCGAUAUGUGUGCGUUUUGUAUAUGUAUGUAAAGAAUAUAAUUGACUGUAUAA